AUGGCCACUUCGAGAGCAUUGGCUCUGACAACCGACGUGGUCAUGAACUGCGCGGGGGUCUACGACCUGUUGACGCUGAAAGAGCUGAUCAUGCGGGAUGAAGAGCUGGCGCAGGUUGAUGAAAGCUGUGCACAGAGCUUGGCGUCGCUGGAGAUCCUUUCGUUGUCGCACAACCACUUGACAUCGCUGCAGCAUUUUCAACACUUCGUUAACCUGAUUGAGCUCAAUAUCAAUUUCAACCAGAUUAAGACGCUGGAUAACCUGCAGUGUGCUGGGUUGGAGAAAUUGUUCGUUUCCAACAACCAGAUCGUAGAUAUAUCUCCGUUGCAAAAGUUGCUCAAGCUGAAUACACUCUCCGUGUACGGAAAUCGGAUUGCCGACUUUGAUUCAGCGUUGCACAUCUGCCGUGGCCUUCCAAAGCUGCGGUCGUUGGAUUUGGGGGGAAACCCCUGCUCUCGCGAUGUCGAGGGGUAUAAAUUCCGGGUUGUGCGAGUGCUAUCACGCCUCAAGACGCUAGACGGGGAUCACAUUACUCAGCUUGACAAGGACUUGACUGAGGAGUUUUUCGCAUCGAUACACAAGAACAGACAAAGCAACAACCGAUUCAUCGGGGCUCGGCCGUAUACUGCGCCUGCUGCUCCUGGGGCGCGAGGAGGUCGCGUUGCUACCGGUACCUUGACGCCUAAUAGUGUUGACCCCUUUGCUAGCGGCCUCAUGCCCCGCGGAAAUGUUCGCUUGUUUCGGGACGACUUCCUGAACAACAAUCCGAUUUUGCUGGAAUAUAUGGCUGGAAACGCCAGCGGAGCUUCACUAGCUGAUGAGUCUAAGUACUCGAACGAAAGCGAUCCUGAUGAUGGAGCUCCAUCAUCCAGUUUUGUCGACAAAAUGCGCAAUGCCAAUCCACUGCCGAAUAGCGAGACGGAGAAUACUGGGGCUGAGGGGGUGGUUGGAGACGCAAGGAAGGUGACUUUAUCCCCCAGCGUAUCCACGUCGAAUCUGGGUUUGGACCCGUCCGAUCCUAACACCACCAUCCGGAAGCUGCUGAAGCAUAUCGAAGUGCUAAUGGAAUCUCUAGCGCGAUACAAGAAUCACCAGCUCGACGCAGUGAGCGAGUCGCUGCUGGAAGAGAACAAGCAGCUACAGACCGAGAACAACAACAUCCCGAUUCUUCAGGAACAGAUCCAAGACCUGAAGAAGCAGCUUGUCACCCUCGAAUGCGAUCCAAGCAGAACUCGGAUUCUUGAAACGAAGCGUGUGAAGUCACUAGAGGUGCGAUCAUUAGCUUUGCAACAAAACGCGAGCUUACAGCGGGAGAACGCGCGACUGAGAGAAAUGCUGCUCCGUCAGACCAAGGAGACCGAAGAAUCGCUUGAUGCUCUGAGGUCACCUCGAAUACCGGCGGGUGAAGGUAAAGCUACUGGGCCAAAGAACCAAGGCGAAAUGAAGCAAGACCCGCGGCGGUUAUCUCACUCGGAUCUGCUCGACGAGUCCGCUCUCAUUGACGUGGAGCUGACCGAGCUCAUAUUGCAAAACGAAGUCUCUCUCGAGCUCAUUCGAAACGAUAUCAAAAACACAAAGAAAGAAUGGGAAGAGCAUUUCCAGCAAGCCAAAGCAGCCGAGCAAGCGCGAGUGAGGCCUCAAACUUCACUGGGGUUGAGCUCUCACAACAGCAAUAGGUCAGGAGGGAGCUCAGACGCCUUGACGCCUAUGGUGCAAAACGGAGGUACGUUCCACCACCGUCGUCGUUUGCACACAUCGGCAGGAUUUCGUAACGGGCCCGAAGCUCAUCUGCUUGGCCAGAUGGCAGUUCACCCCCUUUCUAGCAUCAGGGAAGGUAGCGGUAGUGACAGCUCCUCCACCAACAUUCUUACCUUAUGA